GUGAAGGAUUCUGGCUUGGCUUGCUCGUGUGACACGCGGCCAUCGCGACAACUCCCCUGUAGAUCCUCAUCCAACGCCUCCAUAAUUAUUCGGUCGUUUUUUUUUCCAUUCCAUGCUAGGCAGAUAUACAUAGCUUCGGGAAACAUGCAGAAGAGGCGUUGUGAUUGUUCUCGAGAUAUUUUUAGGAGAGUCCUCUGAAGUGGUCUUCCUCGCGAUUAUCUGGAGACUGUUGCACGGUUUGGAACAGAGUAGUUGUGUAGGGGAGGUGGUGCGAGCAUCGCCAUUGCCAGCUGCAGCUUCAAGCGUGGGUAUGUUGUAUGACCGCAUCGCGAAGUGGGUUUUGUAGCUGAUACGGAUGAACCGAAUUGGAGGCAAGAGUGAGAGUGUGUUCAGGAUUUAGGGGGUUGCCGAGUGAAGAAAUCGUCCUCCUAGAACUCCACCAUCAUGCUCACCGUUCCGGCUUGCCAUGGCCGCUCCACUUACCCUUCUCUGCAUCCUGCCAGUCAGGUUCUUUCUUCUCGCCCUUUUGUUUGUCCAAGCAAAGAUUGAAGGCGGGAGCUUGGCGUCCUUGGAUGUUUUAGGGUUGCAGCGAUUCCCUUUGAAAAGGUCCAUGUCGGGAAUCGGACUCACGCGAAGCUUAGACUUCAAGGCUGGCUCACCUCUUGUAGUGAAGGCAACAGGUAUAAAGACACAGAAGACAGACAGGGCAGAUAACCCAGCUGGAUGGGAGGACAUGAGUGGAAUGAAAAAGUUAGGAGUGAUGGAGGUGGAUCCCAUGCUCACCGCCCAUCAGGACCAUUUGCAAUAUCGUUUUCGCGAGUAUAUGAAACGAAAGACGGAAAUUGAGAAGGUAGAGGGAAGUUUGGAGAAUUUCGCUAAGGGUUUCGAGAAUUUUGGGUUUACCCGUGACGGAAGCUGCACUGUGUAUCGAGAAUGGGCUCCUGCAGCAGCGGCUGCUCAAUUGAUUGGUGACUUCAAUAACUGGGAUGGAAGUAAUCACAAUCUGCAAAGAGACGAGUUUGGUGUCUGGUCCAUUAGGCUACCUGACGAGGAUGGUGUUUCUGCUGUUCCUCAUGGUUCCAAAGUGAAGUUUAGGAUGCAGAAGGUUGAUGGUACCUGGGUAGAUCGUAUUCCAGCUUGGAUUAAGUAUGCUGUGGUUGACCCUAAUGUAUUUGCUGCGUAUUAUGAUGGUGUUCACUGGGACCCACCUGCGGCCGAAAAGUAUCAGUUCAAGCAUGCGCGCCCAGAAAAACCAGUAGCUCCAAUUAUCUACGAAGCUCAUGUGGGAAUGAGCUCGAAGGAACCAGUCGUGACGUCUUACAGGAAAUUUGCGGACGAGGUUCUUCCUAGAAUUAAGGCGAACAACUAUAAUACUAUACAGCUCAUGGCAAUCAUGGAGCAUGCGUACUAUGGCUGCUUUGGUUAUCAUGUCACAAAUUUCUUUGCUGCUAGUAGCCGCAGUGGUACUCCCGAGGAUCUAAAGUAUCUAAUAGAUAAGGCGCACUCCAUGGGACUUCGGGUUUUGAUGGAUGUGGUACACAGUCACGCUAGCACAAACGCCGUUGAUGGGUUGGCUGGGUAUAAUCUGGAUCAGACUUCUCAGGAUUCCUACUUCCACUCAGGUGCCCGAGGAUAUCAUAAACUUUGGGAUAGCCGCCUAUUCAACUACGGUUCUUGGGAAGUGCAGCGGUUUCUUCUUUCGAAUUUGAGGUGGUGGAUGGAGGAGUAUAUGUUCGAUGGCUUCCGUUUUGAUGGAGUCACUUCCAUGCUUUACCACCAUCACGGACUGAACAUGUGUUUCACUGGAAACUACCACGAAUAUUUCAGUGAAGCCACGGAUGUCGAUGCAGUGGUUUAUUUGAUGCUUGCAAAUGAGCUCGUUCACAAUUUAUUACGUGAUGCUACAGUGAUUGCGGAAGAUGUGUCUGGCAUGCCUACUCUCUGCCGGCCCGUGGAAGAGGGAGGCAUCGGGUUUGAUUAUCGUCUAGCCAUGGCUGUACCGGACAAAUGGAUCGAGUACCUGAAAGACAGGAAGGAUGAGAACUGGUCUAUGGGUGAUAUUGUUCACACUCUUACUAAUCGUAGAUAUACUGAGCCAUGUGUUGGUUAUGCUGAGAGCCAUGAUCAGUCUAUGGUUGGAGAUAAGACGUUUUCAUUUUUAUUGAUGGACAAGGAAAUGUAUUUUAAUAUGUCAACUCAGCAACCUGCGAAUCUCAUUGUGGAUCGAGGAAUUGCACUACACAAGAUGAUUCACUUUAUUACAAUGGCUCUCGGCGGGGAAGGUUACUUGAAUUUCAUGGGCAACGAGUUUGGUCACCCAGAAUGGAUCGACUUUCCUAGAGAUGGUAACAAUUGGUCAUUUGACAAGUGCCGACGACGGUGGGACCUCUUGGACAAUGAGCAACUUCGCUACAAGUUCAUGAAUAAUUUCAACCGAGCAAUGAUUGCGCUUGAAGAAGAGUUCCAAUUUGUGAGCUCCUCAAAGCAGUAUAUCUCCUGUGCAGAUGAAUCACAGAAGCUUAUUGUGUUUGAAAAAGGAGACCUGGUCGUCGUCUUUAACUUCCAUCCAACAAACACGUAUUCGGGGUUGAAGGUGGGCUGUGAUGUUCCUGGGAAAUAUCGGAUCUGUCUAGACAGCGAUGCGGCGGAAUUCGGAGGCCAUUCUCGGGUUGACCAUAAAGUUGAUCACUUCACCAGUCCCGAGGGAGAGCCAGGAAAGCCAGAGACUAACUACAACAACAGACCGCACUCCUUCAUGAUUAUGGCUCCUAGCCGCAGUUGCCAGGCGUACUGCAGGGUACCAGAGUAAAACGGAGAUUGUCAUUUGAUCAAUAAGGUAUAAUUUCUUGCUGUGCAACAAACUUUUCAUGUGUACUGAAAGAGUAUUGAGGAAGUGCGCAUGCUUUUUUAACUCAAUAGUUUCUAAUCUGCCGUUACCUUCUCUAAUUAGGGUUUAUUAGUUUAUUAAUCAGAGUUAGAAUUACGUUUGACCCGCUUCCAUCUCAAAGUGGAGAACCCUAGUCAUGGUAAACUUAAUAUUCCUACAUUUUAUUUCCCAGUUUUGAGUUGGGCCUGUUCUAAUUUUAUUAUGUUCAAGGUUUUGCAGCAAUGGAUCUGUAUACAAUUGAUCUGUGCCUAGGUUAGUAAACAAGAGUGUUAAUUCGGUAUAGCGUGCUAGUUCAGCCUGUAGGCACAAACUGUUUGCAUCUUACGUUUAGGCUUCGAGGUUCACUUAACUCUCCUUGGUAAGUGAAUCCAGCUUGUGCAGUCUCCAAUUACCAUGCUAAUCUAAGUUACUCUAUAGAUCCACAUUGGAGUUGCAAAUUUAGUGUAUUAUGGAGCAUACUAUAAUUUCCAGUAAGUUAUUUGAGCGUGUACUUGGUUUGACAACUCGCGGAUUUGUACAUAGAAUAAUCUUUUUUUAAUAUAAAAUGACGAUCUUGAUAUAGUGCCAUUUUUUGGCACAGUUCUGGUGCA